AUGACGGUUGUGGGGGAGUACGAGCUCAUACGUAAGAUCGGGGAAGGCGGCUAUGGCAAGAUAUUCAUCGCGCGGCGCGUCAGCGGAAACGGUCCAUCCUCGGAGGUGGUGCUGAAGCAGGUCAAGCUGCCGACUCGCAAGCAGGAUCGAGAGAUGUGCCUGAGGGAGGUGUCCAUCAUGAAGGGCGUCCACCAUCCGUGCAUCCUGGAGUGUAAGGAGUCAUUCGUGCACGGCUCGAAUAUAUUCAUCGUCAUGCCGCACUGCACCGGCGGGGACCUCUACUCGUUGCUCGCGCGUCAGCGCAAGAAGAAAAGGCGACUGCCCGAGGAGGUCGUGGUGGACUGGUUUGCGCAGAUCGUACUCGGGGUGGAGCAUCUGCACAGCCACAACACCUUACACAGGGACCUGAAAAGCCAGAAUAUAUUCCUCAGGCGCGACCAUCUGGGGCCGGGGGACAGGGGGGGCGGGGGUAGGAGCCGAGUUGCUCUGGGAGAUUUUGGCAUCGCCAGGGAGCUUCAGUUCAACAAGGUCGCGGCGCAGACGUUCAUCGGCACCCCGAUCUUCAUGUCCCCCGAGAUGCUGAGAAAGGCGCCAUAUGGGCAUAAAGCCGAUGUGUGGGCCGUGGGAUGCGUCCUGUACGAGAUGAUGGCGCUGACUGAGCCGUUCCGCGCCAAGACGAUGGAGGGGCUGAUGCGACUGGUUCAGCACGGGCAGCCGCCCGAACUUCCGAACGCAUACAGCGACGAGCUGAAGGGCAUGUGCAUGCGAAUGUUGAGCAAAGAUCCCAACGAACGCCCGAGCGCCGCAGAACUGAUUCGGGAG